AUGUCACAUCCUAAAGGCAAGAAUAACGCCCGAAUUAUUGUUAUGACUGAGCCCGACCCGCCCGACCCGCCCGACCCGCCCGACCCGCCCGACCCGCCCGACCCGCCCGACCCGCCCGACCCGCCCGACCCGCCCGACCCGCCCGACCCGCCCGACCCGCCCGACCCGCCCGACUGCCCGACCCGCCCGAUCCGCCCUACCCGCCCGACCCGCCCGACCCGCCCGACCCGCCCGACCCGCCCGAUCCGCCCGACCCGCCCGACCCGCCCGACCCGCCCGACCCGCCCGACCCGCCCGACCCGCCCGACCCGCCCGACCCGCCCGAUCCGCCCGACCCGCCCGACCCGCCCGACCAUCUGCGAGAAUUAA